GCACUACCAUCUCAGUGAUAUAUUCAAUUUCUACGCCCAGGAACUGCCUGUUAUUCAUCAACAUUUGGUCGUAUAGAUAAUUCACCCCUAAUAGAACAUCCUUCUCCUCAAAGACCUCGUUUGUUACAUCCACCAUUCUUGGAAAAAUGAGUGCUUCAGUAGGAGAUGAGAUGAUAGAUAAAGACUUGAGUAACCCCAAUGUUCCUCUAGCAGGUAACCUUCAGACUUCUAAUGGUUCCGAACACAUUAAGACACAUAUAACUUCAGAAAUCAAUCCUAAAAUAAGCUUUGACUUGGGUUCCAACAAAGUUAUCGCCAUCAAGAAAGAGCCAUCGCAUAUGUCAACCGCAUCUAUAACUUCAGAAGCUGCAUUGGGUCAUAAUAGUCUGGCAGAGGACAAGGAUUUGUCCAAGAUCUCGGCCUAUGCCCGCUUGGACUUUGAUAAUUAUACUUUUUUUGUCCAAACUUUGCAGGUUAUACUAGGAAGAAAGUCCAAUGAUGAGCUUUUAAACGGAUCCCAGCACUCUGUGGAUGUACACUUGUCGUCUAAAAAGGCUGUUUCCAGACGACAUGCUAAAAUAUUCUACAACUUUGGAACCCAGAGGUUUGAACUAUCGAUUUUAGGUCGAAAUGGAGCCUUUGUGGAUGAUUUAUUCAUCGAAAAGGGCAUGACAAUCCCCUUGGUCGACGGUACCAAGAUCCAAAUCGGUGAUAUAACAUUCCUGUUUGUGCUACCUUCUGUUGAGGCUAGCCACUCCAAGGACGCGUCAUUGUCAGCCAAACCAUUUGAUCCCAGUGAUGCCAUUAGCUUAAGAACUUCACUAUAUUCCAAUUCGAACUCCAAUUCUCCGGUUAGAACUAAUAAGAACACGAAUAACGAAGAGCAAAAGAAAGUCACUAGCAAGAAGAGUCGAAGUAUACCGAGAAGAUUGUCUGAAGCUCGGAGGAAGUCAUUAGCUUCUGCUACCGACGAUGAAUUGAAUGCUAUUUUAUCAGAACUUGGAGUCAAAACCCUCGAUGAUAUUGAUGAUCUCGACGAGCAAGAUCCAGGACUUGUAGAUGCACAGAUCAGAACAAUUCUUGGUACUGGUCCCGACAACGAAUCGGCCAUUAUCGAUGAUGAUGACGAAGACGCACAAAUCGAUAGUGGAGUGCUCUCCAGCUUCCAAGAAGGUGAAGAAGACGAAUUGGAUCAGCUCGUCAAACAGCACAACAUGGAUCAAGGAGUGAAUUUGGAUGAAGCUGAAUUAAGCCGUGAAGACAUGAGCUUGUCAGUUAUAGACGAAGAAAUCGUCAACUUGGCACCUUUAAUCAAUGCCCAUCACCAAGAGAAUGCUUUGAAAGAGAGAUCUUCUUCCCCUAACCUGGGCCAGUACUCUAAUCUUCAAAGAAACAGUCCACUAAUGGGCAGACUCGCUACCCCAAGAAUGGGCAAACCCGCUUCUAUACAGCCUCCGGCGUCCAGAGUUUAUGGUAGAACUGCACCCUUGAACAAGAACCAAGCCAUCGACAUGAGGCUUGCCAAUAUGAAUAUGGGCUCCCAAAUGCCCGGAUUUCCCACUCAUUUGGUUGCACAGGGUCCUGGAGACUAUUCUCUCAAAUUGGCACAAGGAAACCUUAUGAACCAACUGUUCAACAAGGUUUAUAUGCCACCAAGACCCCCAGUUCCCGAACUUUUGGUUCCAAUCCAUACCAUACCCAAACAGCCUGCUGCCCUGCCAGAGAUCAUCAUUGACAAGAUCACUGUCGGUACCAACUAUCCAUAUCCUCCGGUUCACAUUCCCAAGAUAAUUGGCAAAGUGGGAAUGGUUCCCACAGUCCCCAAGAAGAGAAAAGAGUUGGCCCCCAAGAAACCCACUAAAAACAUAUACACGAUGAACGAGAUUCCUGAGCAUUAUAGAACCAAGCCAACGCUUGCAUUCCCGGUGAUGAUCAUCAAUGUGUUGAAAUUCAAGAACGAUGAAAGAGGAUUGACCUUGAAUGAUAUUUAUGAGGGGGUAAAGGAAAUAUACCCUUACUACAAAUACUGUCCUGAUGGAUGGCAGUCAGUGGUACUUCAUAAUGUCAGAUUAAACAAGCUCUUCAAGUCCAGCCAAAGUAUUGAUAAUCAUCUCCAACUGUCACCCGGUCAAGCAGAUGCCAAUCAGGACGAGCUAGAAGAGGAAGAAGAGAGAUGGAAUAUUGACGAGUCCUUCGUGCAAGAAAAAGAGAAAGUGAGAAAGAAACAACAAGAAAUCGCUGCUCAAAGAGCCAAAGAGGCUGCCAUUCGUGCCGAAGAGUUGAAGCAGAAACAAAGAUUGGAAAUGCAGCAGUCAAUAUCGCAGAACAUCGUUGGAAGGGACUUUAACUCUCCGUAUGGCUUACCAUUAAACUCCCAUGCCCAUCUCUUGUCCCAAUCUCAACUCAUUGCCCAGCUCCAUCACAAGAACAACCAGAGCGGACAGAAACCCAAAACCAUUGCCGAGAUUGCCAGUGAAAUCAGACGUGAUGGUGCCAGUUCCAAGACCCCGAUGUACUUCAAACCACAAGCGGGAGAAUCCAAAUCCCCUGAUUUAGGGGGUUCUCCCACCAUCAAGGCCCAGUUGGCAGCCAACCGAUCGCAGUAUUCGCAGUCUCCUCCCGCUGUUGGUGCUUCUUCUCCCACGUCUCCAGAACUAGCUGCAAAUGCGACGGCUGCGAAAACUUCGACAUCCACCCUGAUGAACCAAGACACAAAAAAGUCACUCACCUACUUACAGAAGGAGCUUUUCACCCUUUAUAAGGCUCGGAAACUAUCGUACAACACCGCCACCACCACCGAAAUCAUAACCAAGGCAUUGGCAACUACGAUCGCACAGGUGAAUGUCAUUGGGUCCAAGGCAGGGGUGGGAAACAACGCCUUGAGUUUCUUGGUGGAGAGAGCUCCUCAGCAAGUGAGUAAAAUCUUGGAUAUUGCCUUGACCAAAUCUAUCAAGGAAAAGCAAGGACUCUUGUCAUCUCGGUCCAACAGCAGGGGUGCCACUCCAGGACCAUCUCAGCUUUCCAGCCCCAAGCCUGCUGCUGCUGAGCUUGCAGUUGCAUCCACCAGCGAAAUCUACAAAGAAGCCGACCGGCUAGCCAAUAAAGAAACGUCGGUUGAAGCAGACGAUGAUAAAGAUAAGCCUGUAGUGGCUGCUUCGUUGGGAAAACCACCGGUAUUUUCUCUCAAUGGAAAACUGCCAGAACCGUUGACCAGACCGUUAUCUGGAACCAGCCCUGUUUUGUCUCGUCCCCAAACGUAUACCAAACCAGGGGGAUUAUCCAAGCCACCACAGUUUAUGUCCAACAAACCCACCCGGCCUGGAUAUGGUGCAAAGCCGGGUGAAAAGGAUGACAAAUCCCCAGAAAAGGCUACCAGGCCUAAGCGUGGACUUGAAGAUGAAGCCGGUGCUAACGGACUGCCUUCGAAGUCUCCCCGCCUAUAAUAAUGUAAAUUAUAAUGUACACUUUUUUUUGCAACCA